AUGGGCGGCGAUGGCUGGCUGCGCAGGAGGGUCGGCGGCGGCCUGCGCCGCAGGGAGGUGCGGCGGCAACGGGACGGCGCAGGGAGGGGAUUUUUACGCAGGGAAGGAGAGUUGGCACCGCGGCUGCCGACGCCAGGAGGGGCGGCUGCACCUCGCGACACGGCGGCAGCGCAGGGAUGGGCGGCGUCGACGCAGGGAGGGAGAGCUGGGGGCGCGGCUGCGGCGCAGGGUGGGACGGCGACGGAUAGCAACGCAGGGAGGGGCGGCGGCAGCUGGCGAAGCGGCGGCGGCGCAGGGUGGAACGCCAACGGCUAG